AUGAUUUAGCGUGAAACUGACGUGUGUAAAAAUAUAUAGAUAUUGUAAACAUUAUAGGAUAAUUGAGGACUUGCUGCAUAAACAUGGCAAAUAUAGCAAACCAACCAGCUUUACGUUUUAAAGACAAAGUUGCCAUAGUGACCGGUGGAGUACAAGGGAUCGGUCGAGGCUGUGUUGAUGUGUUUGUUGAACAAGGUGGAAAAGUAGCAGUUUUUGACAUCAAUGACGAUGUCGGACAAGCCAUGAAGUCUGUUGGACCGGGGGAAAUAAUAUACUUUCACUGCAACAUGAGAAAAGAAGAAGAAGUUAAGAAUUGCGUGGAAGAAACCGUGAAGAAACUGGGUAAAAUAGACUGUCUUGUAAACAAUGUUGGAUGUUAUUAUGGUCCAAAAAGUAUUGACGAGAUAUCUGUACAAAACUUCCGGGACCUAUUGGAGGAUAAUUUAAUUAGUAAUUUUACUGCAAGCAAGUAUGCGCUCCCAUAUCUACGAAAAACAAAGGGCUCAAUUGUUAACAUAUCAAGUAUCAGUGCCAAUGCUGCAUUCAAGAACUCAACAACUUACUGCGCUACAAAAGGUGGCGUCAAAUCACUGACAAAAGCACUGGCUAUUGACGAGGCCAAGUAUGGAGUGAGGGUGAACUCUAUUGCUCCAGGAGCUAUAGAAACACCGUUACUACGCGAGGUUUGGCCGAAGGAGACUAUUGCAACGCUGGAAAGUUGUCAUACUAUUCAAAGAAUAGGUAAACCACGAGAGGUUGGACUUGCUUCCCUUUUCUUGGCUGUUGAUGCCACGUUUACAACGGGAGAGGAGCUGAUGUGUACAGGGGGAUGUGAACUAGGAUACGGAAAUAAAAACACGGGACUUCCCUGUUGAUUGAUGGUGUGACAUCUUCACUUACCAAGGAAUCAUGAAAUCAGUAAUGUUGCUGUCAGAAACAUGAGCAAUCAGACUGACUAUAGACCUUCUGUCAGGCGCAGAUACAUAUUGAUCCCCCGACAUAAAAAAACUGAACAAAAUAUUUAUCAUACAAAGAGAAUUGCCUAUACAAAUAUAUAUUCAAGUAUUCGGUGUGUAAGUUAUAUAUGGAGUUUGGUUAUUUGUACACGGUUUUACUCUUCAAUUAAUCAAUACUUCUUUCAAUGGAGACUGGUAAUUAUAUCUUAUUGUAAUUUGGUGACAUUUUCAUAAUUUUGUUUUACGGAUUUGAUACUUUGGCAAAAGAUCACAUAACUAAACUAAAAUUUGAAUUAUUCUGAUAUGACUUUGACCUUUCUCAAGGUCAAAUUAUUGAAAUUUGCUCAAAUUGUCAUAACUUUGUUAUUUUAUUCAUACUUGGACAAAAGAACACAUAUGACAAAAUCAGCAUGAAGUCUUCGUAAAUGACUUUGACCUUUAAUUUACCUUGACCUUCAAUGUUCAAUUAAUUAUGGAAAUUUAAUUAAAUUUCAUAGGUUUAUAAUCUUUUUAAGGAUUUGUUUUAUACUUUAACCAAAGAACAGAUAUGACUAAACUGUCAUGUUGAAUUAUUCUGAAAUGACAUUGACGUUUAAUUUAUCUUGACCUUCAACGUCAUAUUAUUGAAAUUAGCUUAAAUUGCCAUUAGUUUAUUACUUAUUUACAGAUUUGAUUUAUACUUGAACAAAAGAAGACAUAUGACAAACCGACGUGUUAAAUAAUUCUGAUAUGACCUUGUCUUUUUAUUGACAUUAAGCGUCAAGGUUAAAUUAUUGAAAUUGCAUUAAGUUGGCAUAACUUUGUUAUUCAUUUAUGGAUUUUGUUUAUUCUUGGAUAAAAGUACAUUUAUGACAAAACUGACAAUGAUGAUUAAUUCAAAUGUGACCUUGACCUUUGAAUGAUUUUGACCGUCAAUGUCAAAAAUGAAAUUAGAAUUGCAUGUAUAAUUUAUAAAAAAACGUUUUUAUUUUCUUCCUUGGAGUAUUCUUUUACUGCAAUAUUCUUUCUUCAAUAUGUUUAAGCUUAGAAGUCGAGGCCCCUGCCUGUUUUUGUUCAUCAGAUUUUACAUUUUUAAGUGAGCUUGUUCGUUAUUGUCCAUCUAUGUAGAAAAUAAACAAUAAAGUAAUCCCCAUGGAUAAAGGUCAGUUUAA